CAUCAUACCUGUCAGCAUUCUUACUACCAGUCACUUCGCCCACUGGAGUGACAGUUCCAUGUCCACGACGAACCCAAGUUCCUGAAUGAGUCGAUCGGCAUGUCUCGUCCAACUUUUCUCGGUGACUCCCAGCUCGCUCAUGGGUAUAGCGAACACUUGCUGUACGAGAAACAGGUUGCAAAUCUGCCCGAGGGGCUUGAAUCCAGGCUUGAUAGCACUUGGUCAUUUCGUUCAUUGCUCGCUCGCCGAAUGCAUUGGGCAUAUACAAUGCAAGAAUGAUGAACUUAUUGUCGCUGUCGAGGCCAUAGAUGAUCGAGUCGGUGGUGAGAAGUAGAGUCGGAGGCUUCAAGUCUGCAUCAGGUGGAGUUCGAUGG